CCCAACUAAAGGAGUUCAGAAGCAGAGCAUAACAAACCAAAGCUUUGAUCCUGCUGUUUUAAAGCUUUGGCAAAAUGGAUUACUGUAGAAACCUUGCAAUUAUUGUGGCCAUUUUCAUGGCUCUCUCCCUCCAAACAGCACUCGGGGAGUCAAGUGGAAGGGUAGAGUGCGAGUCAUUGGAGAGAAGGGAGUGCGCGUUCGCGGUGUCGUGGUCGGGAAAACGCUGCGUUUUGGAGAAGCAGGUGAAGCGCAGCGGAGAAGAGGCGUUCACGUGCCGCACAUCCGACAUCGAAGCCGACCAAUUAAACGACGUCGUUGAGACAGAGGACUGCGUCCAGAGCUGCGGCCUCGACAGGAACACGCUCGGCAUCUCCUCCGAUUCCCUCCUCGAUCCUCGCUUCACCCGCACCCUCUGUUCCUCCCGCUGCUAUAGCCGCUGCCCCAAUGUCGUCGACCUCUUCUUCAACCUCGCCGCCGGUGAAGGUGUGUUUCUUCCCAAGCUUUGUGAAGCUCAAGGAGGGAAUGUGAGAAGAGAAAUGUCGGAGAUCAAAAGCUCCGGCAUCGUUGCACCGGGGCCGAUCCAGCCAGUCUCUCUGUCAAUUGCCCCGGCAGUCGCACCGGGGCCGGUUCGGCCGGUGUUCCUGUCCACUGCGCCGGCAGUGGCUCCGGCCGUUCAGGGAGCUUGAUGGUCUUUAUUUAUUCCAACACAAAAACAACAACACCACAAUAAUGGCUUGAGUUUUAGAUAGUUUUAAAUUUUAAUACAGAAAUAUAAAUUUCUAUGUUUUUUUAUAGCGUGAGCGUGUGGUGUAUGGAAGAAGGCUAAAACUAAAAGAGCUCUAUGUCUGUGUGAUGUGUAUGGCCUCUCCAUACUAUUUUUUCCUUUUUUUUUUGAGUAUAGUGUUGCCUCUCCAUACUACUGUGAUGGGAUUUAGAUAUAUUAUGAAAUAAAAAAUUAAAGUUAUAAA